AUGAAAUCUUCAAAUAUAAGUGAUUUGGGUUCUCAGUGCAAAUUGUGUUUGGAAGAAGGUGGGACUGUAUUAUCAUUAAAUGUAUCAAAUGUCGAUUUAUUCAAAUAUUUAUCUGUCACAAUCGAUCAACUUUUAUCAUCUCCAAAUAAUUCAUUAGUAGAAAAACUUGCUCUUCUGUUACAAACAGUCUAUAUUAGACGAGAUAAUGAACAUAAAAAUGUCAUCAUUGAAGCAUUAGAGAAAACUGGUCAUUAUUUAUCGGGCAUCCAAUUAUCGUUUCUGUUUGACAAAAUAAUUGAACAAAAUGAUAAUCAAACAUUGCAUAUAUUUGUUAAACAUGUCAAAGAUCUAUCGGAAAAGCAGUUAUGUCGAGCAAUGAUACAUCUACAGGAUGAUUUAUCUGUCAUAUUUCUCCAUCGUCGCUACAAUAACCAAGCCUUAACAUUAGCUAUUCGUUCAACAAUGGAUGGUGAACAAAUAUCAAGAUUAUUAGAGAAAUUUUAUGAUAUGUUAUCGACAACGACUCUUACGAAAGAUACUUGUCAGAUCUAUCUAGAUUGGAUAUGUUGUCUAAUUGAUUCUCAGUUUUCAACGUUUGUUUUUCAAAAACAUAAUCGUCAACUAAUUAAGAAACUCUUUUCACUCGUCGAAUUAUACUUGGAUUUAUUUGAAAAUCUAGAUGGACUCGACGCUUACAUCGAACAUUUUAAACAAACUCAAACAACAACUCCUACUACAAUUAAACAUCAACCGUAUACCAUUGAAUUUUUGCAUAUUAAUUAA